AUCUGGGAUACUGCCGGUCAGGAGCGCUUCCAGAGCCUGGGUGUCGCCUUCUAUCGCGGUGCCGAUUGCUGCGUCCUGGUCUUUGAUGUGACCGUGCCCAAGUCCUUCGAGACGCUCGGCUCGUGGCGCGAUGAGUUCCUGAUCCAGGCCAGCCCCCGUGAUCCCGAAAACUUCCCCUUUGUCGUUCUCGGCAACAAGAUUGAUCUUGAAAGCCGCGGCAUCUCGCAAAAGCGUGCCAUGACCUGGUGCCAGAGCAAGGGUGGCAUUCCUUACUUUGAGACUUCCGCCAAGGAUGCCGUCAACGUUGACACGGCCUUCCAGACCAUUGCCAAGAAUGCCCUCAAGCAGAAGGACAGCGAUCACUUCCAUGACUUUGACAACAAGAUUGUCCUUGACAGUGCCGAGGGCAACAAGUCGGAUGGCUGCGCGUGCUAA